AUGGGCGACAAAACGUUUAAGAUGAUUUAUGAACGUCUCAAAAAAUCGGACGGUUCUUUAGAUGUCAAAUCUUUCGUUGAAACAAGUGUGAAGUUGAUUGAGCAAAUAGAACAUGGAAAGAGUGAGGAAUACAAAUUUUCGAGUAAAGAUUUUCCAGAGUCUAAUAACGAAAAGACGACAAUAAUGGUUGAAAAACUUGCUUUCAUUUCUGGAGGACUUGAGAGUUCAAAUACACUGACCAAAAAUUAUGCGAAUAUUCUUGUUAAUUUUCUAGAAAAACUUUAUAACCCAAAUGAAAGACAGAAAAUGCGACACAUCAACAAAUUCAUGUUUGAAUGUAUAGAUUCAAACCACGAUGGUGUUCUGAGUAAAGACGAGUUUAAAAAAUUCAUACAAUUUACUAACAAAGAAAUUUUCAAUAAAGAGGAGAACGAACAAAAAAUAUCCGAGUUGUUUGACAAAACUGAUAUUAACAACGACGGAAUGAUUUCAUUUGAAGAGUUCCAGAUACUUUUAAAAACAAUAUGA